GAGAUUGACACGCACUUGGCGCGGGUGGGCAAGCUGCUGUCUUUUGCGGCGCCGCACCAAGGCUGGCUUGACUCUUGGAUGGAGCGCUGGACCGAUUUGGGGCGCAGCACCAUCAAGUGGUUGAGCCACCAUGGGACGCUGCAGUGCCGACCUGGGGCAGAAGCAGAAGACCCGGGCACCUUGCCACCAUUGCUUGUGAUACGCAACGCCGCUUUGGCGCUCGCUCUGCGCCUCAUUUGGCCCACGCACGGGCGGUGGUUGACCAAUGCGGUGACGGCCGGCGACUACAUCGAGGCGAUUUUCGGGGUGACGAACAUCGUCGGCACUUGGACCGGGUUUUCGCGCUUCGUGGCCCUGAUGGUGAUGAACCUGCGGUUCCUGGUGUGGUCGCUGCCCUUCACCACGUCGCAGCUCCUGCAGAAGAUUUGGACCUACUCCGACCUCUGCGAGAUGGUGAAGAGCGUCGACCUU